AUGUCCGCCACCGCCCACCCCCUCUCCGCCAUCGGCAAGGUCAACACCUACUCGACCGCGACCGACUCGGCCGUCAUCGCCGAGCUCGCCGCCGCGCAGGAGGCCGCCGCGCGCUUCGAGGCCUUUUCAGACGCCGUCGCAUGGGAGGUCGGCACCACCAUCCGCGAGACCUUUGUCGCCACGCACCCGGCCGCCAGCUGCGUCAUCCACAUUGAGCUCUUCAACGGCGCCGUCCUCUUCAGCACCGCCAUUGGCACCGCGCCCGCCGUCGGCCCCGACAACUGGGCGUGGGUGCGCGGAAAGACCAACGUCGUCAGGAAGUUUGGCACCUCGUCGCUCCGCAAGGGCAGGGAGAUUGCCGCGCGCGGCGCGACCCCGGAGCAGAAGGGCCUCGGCUUCCCCGAGUUUGCGUGCCACGGCGGUGGCUUCCCCAUCUGGCUCCACAACAACCCCGUGGCGCCCAUCGGCGUCAUUGUCGUGUCUGGCCUGCCCGAGCUCGACGACCACCAGCUCAUCGUGGACUCGCUCGUCAAGGCCCAGCACCUCCUGCACCAGUAA